UUGGAAACGUUUUACUCUGGAUAAUGUCUAGGCUCACACAACAAAGUGGCGAUGACAGUCGUUACAUUCUCGUGGCCAAGUUGGACAACGCGAGGAAUCUUCUCAACAUCCUGAAAGCUGUACAUUUCAAAGAGUCAGCCACCUGUUUUGUAAGUAACAAUGGCCUCAAGGUGACAGUUGAAGAUGCCAAGUGUGUGCAGGCCAAUGCAUUUGUCCAGAGUGGAAUCUUCCAGGAAUAUAUUUUCAAAGAGGAGAGUGCUACCUUCAGGAUAAACCUAAAUGUCCUUCUGGAAUGCCUCAAUAUUUUUGGUUCCUCUAAAGACACUGGAACUUGUACUGCUCUGAAGAUGUGCUAUGCAGGAUAUGGCUCUCCUCUUAUCCUCAUGCUAGAGGAAGGAGGUGUUCUAACAGAUUGUAGCAUUCAGACUCAAGAGCCAGAUGAAACUUUGGAUUUUGACUUCAGUAGUGCAGAGGUCCUCAAUAAGAUUAUCAUGAAAGUAAGAAGGAGAGCACUUUGUUAUAUAACAAUCAUGUCAUGGCUCACACAACAAAGUGGCGAUGACAGUCGUUACAUUCUCGUGGCCAAGUUGGACAACGCGAGGAAUCUUCUCAACAUCCUGAAAGCUGUACAUUUCAAAGAGUCAGCCACCUGUUUUGUAAGUAACAAUGGCCUCAAGGUGACAGUUGAAGAUGCCAAGUGUGUGCAGGCCAAUGCAUUUGUCCAGAGUGGAAUCUUCCAGGAAUAUAUUUUCAAAGAGGAGAGUGCUACCUUCAGGAUAAACCUAAAUGUCCUUCUGGGAAAGACAGUCCACACAAUUUGGCAUAUUUGGUCUUGUGAAAGUAUUAAAGCAUCCAAAUUGAUUCUAAUGUUGCAGUCCGAUUUUCCAAAAGAUUCUGACAUGGUGGAGUCAUUUGAGUGUCAACAGACUCAGACAAACAGGUAUAGGAUCAGCCUUCUGAAGCCAUCUACUAAGGCACUGCAGCUGUCCAGCAAAAUUUCCAUCAGGAUGGAUGGUAGAGGAUUCCUCUCACUACAGUACAUGAUCAUAAAUGAAGAUGGGCAGGUCUGCUUUGUGGAAUACCUGUGUGCUCCAGAUGAAGAAGUUGAUGAGGAUGAUGAAGAGGAUCUUGGUUAAAUGAACAGAAAAGCAAAAGCAAAUAAAUUGGUCAAUAUCACAAGGAAGUGUUAGAGAUUAGCCUUGCAGAAUGAAGACAUUCACAAGGCAGAGCUCUACUCAAGGAACCAGAAACAUUUCCUUACACAUUUACAAUGUAUAUUGUUGUGGGAAACAUUUUGUUGAUCAACCAUUGGU